AUUCCAAUUGACUUGACAUCAAGACACGUCUCCCGUAAAUGCGACGGGAUGAAAGCUAACGGUGGAUGAAUUUUUAAUACUUGUUACUAUUACGCUUCCUCUGUCAUUUCUGGAGUUUUUUUCCAGUUGGUGAAUCUAUCUAUUAGUUUGGCCAAAAAAAGCCUUUAACCGUGACAGUGCCUUCAGCUACAGGGAAAAUGGACGGAUCUGUCCCACUGAAGGAGAAGCCAGGAAUGGAUUGAGGUGCGGAAGCUAGCGUUAGCCUGCUAGCCAUGGAUGGAGAUAGAGGAGCUCCUGACUCUUUCGUAUUCGACUCCAUACCUUAAAAUGAGCUGAUAUUACUUAUUCACGGUCCAAAACUAUUCAGUCCACGCAUGUAAGUCUUCUACAAGUGCGUUAGUGCUAUGCUGCGCACACGCCCUGAAUAUGUCAGCUGUCCUGCACAUACCGCAGAUAACCACUUGGUUGUCUUUGCAUAGAUGCCAUUCUGCUCAGAAGCUGUAUUUUCUAGUUUGCAGCUUGAUUAGUUCCUAAUAAACCAAGUUGAAUUAGUAGUUAAAUGUCAUAGACCCACUAAAUUAGUAUGAAACUAGUUUCAUGCACAUAAGUGUUACAUUUUGAAACCGCCCCCUCAAAGAUUUAGGUUGAACUUUGCACCUGAAGCACAGUGUUAUCAGCCCUCAGUUGUAUGGGAACCAGUUCUGGCUGUAGCAGGACUGUUGUAGGUCAGUGAUGGGAGGAUCCGUGUCCUGCUGCAUCUCUCCUGGCGAGAGUCCAAAGAUCCGCAGGAGACAAGUGGAAUUGGACGAGUGUCCCAUCACCACUACUGAGGACGUGAGUGAAGACACUGGGACCUACCUGCAGCACAUCAGUGAUAGGGAGCUCCCUGAUGAACUGGCCCAAGAGGCAAACCCAUCAGACCACCCAAGAGCUAGCACCCUCUUCCUCAACAAGUCCCAGACAGAUGCUUCUCUUCUAUUUUCAGUGCGUGAAAAAAGGAAAAGCAACUACAUGAACCAUACAUCCCCAGGGCUUCUGACUAAAAAGUACAGCUCCUGCUCUACAAUAUUCAUUGACGAUAGCACAGUAAGCCAACCCAACCUCAAGAGCACCAUCAAAUGUGUUGCAUUGGCCAUAUACUACCACAUAAAAAACAGAGAUUCAAACCGUUCGCUGGAUAUAUUCGAUGAGAAGAAGCACCCUCUGUCGAGAGACAAAGUUCCAGAUGACUACUCUGUGGUUGACCCUGAACACAAGCUCAUCUACCGCUUCAUAAGGACGCUCUUCAGCUCCGCACAGCUCACUGCUGAGUGUGCCAUCGUCACUCUGGUGUACCUGGAAAGGCUUUUGACGUACGCUGAGAUGGACAUUUGUCCUUGUAACUGGAAGCGAAUCGUUCUUGGUGCCAUCCUACUGGCCUCCAAGGUCUGGGACGACCAGGCAGUGUGGAACGUCGACUACUGCCAAAUCCUCAAAGAUAUCACAGUGGAGGACAUGAAUGAGAUGGAGCGGCACUUCUUGGAGCUGCUCCAGUUCAACAUCAACGUCCCAGCCAGCGUCUACGCAAAGUAUUACUUUGACCUGCGCUCGCUGGCUGAUGAUAACAACCUCAGUUUCCCUCUGGAGCCGCUCAGCAACAAGCGGGCUCAAAAACUGGAGGCUAUAUCCAGGCUGUGUGAGGACAAGUACAAGGACCUGAGUAAAUCUGCCAUGAGGAGGUCUGUCAGUGCGGACAACCUGGUCGGCAUCAGGAACUCCCAGGCUGUGCUGUCUUAAAGCCUGCAAGCACUAUCUUACAUCUGGCAAAGAUGACCAGACGUUUCCAAAGUAGUAGUAUUAUCAGCAACUCAUAGGUUCCAAAAUUAAAUUUAAAGUUUGGGAGGAAGAAAUGACUGGAGGUUUAAUUUACACCAUUACUGUAAUAUGAUGAAUCAAGUUUGUGUGUUCAUUAUAACGAACUGCAGCGUUCGCCUUCAAAGCAUGGUCAGAUGUUGAGUGUUGGAGGGGAAACUGCAUGAAAACGCCUCCUAAAGUCACACAAGACCAGAAUUAUUGGUGUUUUUUUUAUAUCUGUCAGUCUUUUGAGGGAGUAAUCUGUCAGCUGCCAUCUCUUCUCCACCUGCGUUUCCUGGACAAACUGUCUUGGAGCUACCCUGUGGUGUAGUUCUGCACACGGACAACGAGUAGAUUAUGUUUUGCUUACUAUGUAGGCUCUUAUAGCUGUGAAAUGUACAAGACUAUUUAAAUCAAAUAAAUUGCACUCACUGUUGAAA